CCAGCCAUGGCAGCAACAUUUGAGCUUGGCUGAAACAAGCUUUCGGUAGCCAGCUGUGCUGCCGGCAUCUGCCGGCAUGUCCCAGACAUCUGAGAAGGAGGAGCGGGAGGAGAACAAAGAGGAGGAGCAAAAGGAGAACAAAGGCGAUGCUGCUGAGAGUGGAUCUUCCCAAGCCUCCAGCGUCUUCAACACCAACGCGGGGGAAGUGCCGGACUUCAUUGCACCCAAACUGCCCGAGAGAAUGACCUCCCAGAUCGCUGCAACGGCUGCGCAAAUGACCACGAGCCGAGGGGAUAGGAAGACGCUGCGAAAAUCAAACACUCUACGUUCCAUACGCAGCACUACCAGGCUAGCUGGUGACGAGUUGCAGGGAAUGGUGAAUGAACUGACCGGCACGCAACAGCGACAGUCUUCAUCUGGUUAUUUGUCGGACUUCAUCGAACGCAGGAAGGCAGCAGAAGGCAACCACAAGAUGUCCAAUGACAGGUAUUUGUACUACUUCAUCUACAGCAGGCCCCAGAGUUUUCUAGGUGAGGCUACGACCCACGCCACCGGCUUGUUGGAACGCGAGCAACUUGAGAGUGACUUGAUGUCAAGCAUCGUUCUUGAGAGGAAGAAGGAGAAGGUGAUGCCACCAACUGGGCUCAAAGAUCUCGUCGCCCAGGCCCAGAACAUUUUGAAUAUGAAGAAGACCUUGAUGACAAUACGGGUCUCGGUGUUCAACUGGGAGAUCAACGUCAAACUUCUGGAGUAUGGUUACAAAGAUGAUCAAGAUGUGGUACUGAACAGGAUGGAAGACCGUCACUGGCGCAGUGAGAGUUUUUGGAGCAUGUACCACGACCGCGCCCGGGAUCACCGGCCCGAGCGGCCAGAGCACUUUGAUGAGCUGCCGGAUCAAGGUCUACAGGCCCAUAACACCUUGUUGGGGUUGAGCAGCUGCGUGCAACAACAACUCUGGUCGGCACAUCAUGGAUGCCCUGGAGCUCAACAGAAGGACCUGCUGAAAAAGGCCAUGACCAAGCUACCAGUGGAGAUGACAAGAUUGACAAGGGAGCACCAGACCCUUUCGGAGCACCCCACGCACCCCACGCGUUGGCUUCCGCCGCGCCCCAGCAGUGCCACACUGCAGCGCAGCGCGAGCGCGCAGCAGAUGCUGAAGGAACUGGUGCGACCCGCAAGUGCUGGGGCCCUUGGAUUGCGCAGGACUUGGGGCUCUCAAUCCCUGCCAACUCUAGACCGCCCAAAGCCCAUCGCUGCGGAUCGGAAAGAUAUGCUGCGCUCAAUCAACAGCAGGCCAACCAGUGCAGGAUCCAGCGGCGCUCUGCGCACGCAACGUACGCAGAGGCCUUCCAGCGCUGGUUCUUGGGGCACAGCAUCUCGCCCUCAAAGCGCUGCGAAGAGCGCAGCCAAGAGCAGCACGAAGAGCUGGAGGAAGAUCGGCACCGCCCCGGCGGUGCCGGAUCUGGCCGCAAGCCACCACUUCGCCGGGAGUUCAAAUGCUUGGCAGCCCGCAUCACCCCAGCGCAGUAUGGCUUCGCGGCAUCAGGCGCCAUCAUGCUGUAAGCACUAUUUGAAGGCCUGUGAAAAGUACGGCACGAUGCCAGACAUGCUAGACUUCAACACAGGACUCUCAGAUAAGUUCCAUGCACCAAGAAGAUAUCUUUGUGAUGCCAAUCUCCUGGCAGUUGCAGGCAUGCUGCCGGCCAGAGACCAUGUGGAGGAAGUCAAUUUGCAAGAGAAUUCAAACCUCACUGAUGUGAGCUUAGUGCCAUUUUUGGAGCAAUUCAUCAAGAUUGGUCGUUUGGCGGAUGGUUUGAAGAAGCUGAAUCUGAAGUACUGCAAGGGGCUGGCCUGGUUGGGGCAAGAGACCCUGCUACGGCUGGUGAGCAGCGCCAAGAAUCUCAGGGAACUCGACCUGUCUGGGGUGCAGAUUGGAAUGCGUGCGCAGUCGCGCUUGUGCGAGGCCGUUGGGGAUCACCCACACCUUCUGUCCACCGGCCUUAGUCGAGUGGGUUUGGGUGGCCAUUGCCUGACCAAAGUGUGCCUCCACGCGCUACUGGGAAGUGGAACCAACAAGAAACUGAAUUUAAGCUGGAAUGUCUUCAACAAGCAGGAGUUUCAGCUCAUUGGAGACUACGUGGCCGAAAAUUUGGUCCUGGAGCAUUUGUUGCUGGACCACUGCGCUGGAUACAUUGCGAGGGAAGAUACGCCUAUCUCCCAUAUGGUAGAGAAACUGGCCUUCAAUCACUCUUUGAGGAGCCUGAGCAUCAAUACCAACCGCAUCGAUUCACGAGCUGCGCUGGUCAUUGAGGAUUCAUUGGAAGGACAUCCCUCUUUGCGGCGUCUCUAUUUGAGAAAUAACCCCUUGGGCAUCAUGGGCCUGCGGAGUAUUCUCAGACUUCUUUGUCGAGAGGAGUCCCACUUGUCGCGCCUGGACAUAGAAGGUUGCCAUGGGGGCAAAUCUGGCGAUGAGGUUGUCUUCAACAAGGGCGCCCAACAGGCCUUUUCCUUCACCAACCCUGGGGGGAAGUACAUCUUGGACCUCUCCAUUCCUUAUGAUCGCAGCUUGUGCAGGAUGCUCUACGAGACAGCGGAACGCUUCAGCUUGAAGCAUUCCCAGGCUUUCGUGAACAUCAGCUAUAGCAAUCCACCCUACCAGCAUCCCAUUCGAGAUAGCAUCGGCCAGUACAAGGUGCGGCGUGAGGGGGUGCUGACCUUCACUUUCAACGUGGAAUCCGCCAUCGCAGCCAAGUGGGGAGAAAUUGCGGACGAUGACUUCGUGGCGUUCCUCAAUGCGCACCUGGAUUUAAUGCGCUUCACGCCACAUCGCAUCAAGAUGAGACCCUUACUGGCCAAUUGGAAGGCCAUCAGUGGAAUGCCCAUGGAACAAGAGACCUUUCUAUCGGCUUUGGCCUCCGAUUUCAACAUGGUGGUGCCCUAUUUGGAGUACAUGGUGAAGGCUUGUCCGGAAGCUUCCACCCAGAUUCUGUUCCGGCUGAUUCCCAGUCUGAAGCGAACGGGUGCAAACAUGUACUUGGCGACAUCCUUAUUCCUGAACAUGGAGGAUUUGCUGGUGACGCUUCGAGACAUGGAAGCCUACAUGCUGUUCAACCCCCAAAAUCCCACUGGUCACUACAAGCUGAGCUUGGAAAACAGUACGGAUUUUGCCGUGGCUCAACAGCUCCUCCUCUUGGAUCGUUGGGAGUGCGUGGUGAACCGGCGAAAUCGUCGGGUGGACGUGUCUCAACGCGGGAACCAAUCGCAGCUACGCAACGAAUGCCAUCAGGGCCGGUCGCUCCAUUUAUCGGUGAACACGCUGAAUGAGUGGGUCAUUCCCGAAUUUGGCGAGUUUGAAUGCGACUACGUGACCAGUUAUCACCCCAAGAAGGGUUCCAAGCCACUGAGUGAUGCGCUUUGGGAGUCCUUAAUGAUGGUGAUGUAUGACUCGCCAUGCUCCCCGCAAAAUCGCCUGAAAGUCUUGAAGUCCAUCUCGCACCAGUUCUUUCUCAGCGCUUUGCACAUCCGCCAGAUGGUGGGUUUCUUCCGGCAGGAUUUGGAUCGAGAGGACGCCUUGGUCUUCUUUUGGCCCAGGGUGGUGGACAAGUACAAUGCCAAGGUCUUCCGGGUGCGCUUCGAGAAGCAGGAAGACGUGGUGCGACUCCAGGAGCGCCUGGGCUAUGUCUCCUUCUUCCCCUACAUGCAGCCGGAGAAUGCCAAGUUUCGUUUUAACAUGUCGACCUACGAGCAGCGACUGGCAGCCAGCCUCUUUGUCACCCUGAUGUUGCGCGAGAUGCCCGGUAACAUCAAGGAUCCCAUGUACGAGAGACCCGAUGGCAGCCGCGAUCCCCUGACGAUGGGUGUACCCCGAAGCUGGGCGGAGCCUGGAAGCCUGGGAAGUCUACGGGAAGCCGGCGAAUUGGCGUUUGUGGAGGUGGUGGCUGCCAGCAAGGCCUGGACGGCAUCUCCCAUGCCGGAACUCUACAGCUACCAGCCCGCGCGCUUCCAUUUGGAGGAGUGCUUGGAUCCGUUGCCGUACCCCGAGAAGUCUCCGAUGAUCGCUGCAUCCCCCACCAAGAGCCCCGGCAGCUGCUCGGUGUCAACGCCCAAGACGCCCAGGACGCCAUCCCUGCUGGCCUCCGCACUCUCUGCGCGACGGCAGAUGGAGCAGCGGGAAUUCCUGGUGCAACUGGAGGUAAAGGAACCAGGAGAUUUGGGAUUGGACUUUGAAUUGGCGGAGGCUUUUUGCAUGGUGAGCCGUGUCUAUGGAGCCGCAGCGCGGUGGAACGAGACCGCGGAGACUGCGGAGAAGAUCCAAAAAUUUGACCAACUGCUUGCAGUGGAUGACAGCGAGAACGUCGCUUCACCCACGUCAGCCGCGAGUCUACAAAAACAGCAGGGCCAAGUGAAGCUGCGGCUUAGAAGGCCCCAGUGGCGCAGGGUGGAACUGGCGCCCAAGGGACAAAAGCUGGGCCUGGCCCUCACCCGGCGGCAGGAAUCCAACAGCAUCUUGGUCCGGAAGGUGGAACUGGAUGGCUUCGUUGCCCAAAGUGGCAUCCGGGGCCAGGAGACCUUGCGUGUGGACGACUGCAUCGUUGCGGUGAACGGCGUCAAAGACGAUGUGGCGCAGAUGGCCAAACAGCUGGUCGCCAAGUCGCUGACGUUGGAAGUCUGCACCUAUUGA